CAGGCGGCAGCCGCGGGCAGGAGAGUGAAGCCUGCUGGUCCCCUCCAAGGCCAGCUGGAAGCCUUUUGCGCGCAGGAGUGGAAGGGUGCGCGCCCCCCAUCUCGCCUUUGAGAGGGUCCCAAGUCUAGAGCCUCUCUCCCUGGCGCUCUCGAGGGGCUGCCCCCGCCUUCGGUGGGGAUUCCCGGCCCUGGAACCGCCCCGGGGCCCCCCACGUGUCGCUGGCGCCCCGCUCCGACGCACAAAAGGCUUGGCGCCGCCGCGAGGAAGCGAGAGUAGUCCGUACUCGCCUCUUGCGCGCUCUGAUGGGGCGCUCCGCUCCGACGCCGCUCCUGCUCCUCGCCUUCCUCCUUUGGAGAUGCCUCGCCGCCGCCAAGGCGGGCUGCGAAAAAGGCACCUACCGGGACGCCCAGCGCCAGACUUGCAGCCCCUGCACCCCGUGCCAAGACAAAUAUCAGUAUGAGCGACGCUGCUCAGAAGACUCCGAUGCUGUCUGCAAAUGUGCCCCUGAAUAUGAAUGUGGAGAUCUAGAGUGCGGCAGCUGCAUCUGUGGUAUUGGAGAGGAGUGGAACGGAGCAGGUUGCCAAGAGUGUCCUGAAGGGAAGUUUAAGGCCUGGAUAUCUGGCAAAUGCCAAAACUGGACACAAUGUCCAGCUAAUCAGAUCUCAAUUCCUGGGACGGCGAAAACUGAUGUGGUUUGCAACACGACAACAGAAGGCCCUACAAAACCCCCGACUUGGCCGGUUUUAACGAAGGAGACAGAGCAGGACAGCCAUCUGGUCCCCAUCAGCAUCGCCUUGGCAGUAGCCUUGCUUCUGUGCAUGCUGUUCCUGGUGCUCUUUUGCAUCAUCUUCAGAUCCUGGGCUCGAGAGAAGUUCCCGGCUGUGAUCCUGAAAGUGCCGCUUGGACAGUUGGCCCAGGAGGUGGAUGACUGCAGCUACCGCUACCCGGAGGAAGAAGAGGGAGGAAGCAACGAAACAGCAGGGCUGACAGGGCAGCUCAUGGAAAAAAUCCCUUAGUGAGCCCUGGUGCCCAGGAUGCUUCUGAAGAUGCGACCUCUGAUGGGAGUUUGGGGAGGGUCAAAAGCAUCCAGCCUGUCUUCACAUUGCUUUGGCCUUUAUUAUUAUUUUAUUUUUGAUGUGGGGUGCAGGGGAGGGAGCUGGGGAAAUGACCCCUAGGCUGACACCUGCACUGCAACUGCCCUUUCCUAUUUGAGCGCAUGGCGAAAACCCGCCAGUAGCCCUGACCGACCCAAGCAGUAGGUUUUAAGUGGGGAGGACAGAGCAGCGGCCCAACUCUCUCUUCCCCCAGGGCUGCACUCUAUCCAAUGAGGGUCUGCCCCUUCUGACAGUUGCUUUUAUCACUAGGUGUUUUAAGCUGAGGCACCGACAUUUCUUGGGCUGAGCUGGCCCGGCAGACCUCCUCUCUUCACCCCAUCCCAGCAGAGCAAAAGCCCUCGAGACCCCAGUGAAGACCAUAACUUGUCUUACAGUUCCCAGACCCGGCCUCCCUACCUCCCACUUUACCAUUUUUGCUCAGGGUUACACAGAUGACUCACAGCGGUGUGCUCUGCACUCUUUCCUUAACGUGGAGCGGCUGUGGUGACCGCGCCGACGGAAACUUCUGUGACGAACUGAGGUUUGAGGUCUUUGAUCUGCAAAGGGCACCCAGGCUGGUGAACUGCCUUCUUCCACCCUGCUCUGCUUGCCUCUUGAAGGAUGUGCUAUUGCCACAUCGGGGGGUGUGUGUGUGUGUGUGUGUAUGCGGUGUGUGUGAG